AUGGAAAGUGAUUUUAGGUUUUCAGCGUGUAGUGAGGCAAUUAGGUCGCAUUCCACCUCUACCAGUUCUUUGUUUUCAUUGAAAAAUACACGGAGUUACCCAAGUAUCCUCGACUUCUACACGACGACUGAAAGUGGAGAUGUGGAAAAUGGUGAUGUUGCAGCGUUGGAGUACGAAGAAGAGCCGGCUCUGUACUUAGAGACGGAUAGAGACGCUGCACUUACAGAUAACGAUAAAUUUAUUGUUAUAUUGGUUGGGUUACCGGCGACCGGUAAGUCCACGAUAUCGAGGCAUUUGGUUAGCUAUCUUCGCAGUUUGCCAUCAUUGAUGAGUCUUCGAUGUGGAGUUUUCAAUGCAGGACAGGUACGUCGGAAAUUGACCUACAAGGGCGAGCGAAUGCCCAUAGCAAAUAGCUCCAAGGAGGAUUUGUUCAAUCCGAGAAAUUCGGAGAAAAAAAACGUUUAUGCUCGGAUAACGCUCGAGGAACUCCUUAGCGAGCUGGAUGCGGAUAUGUGUGACUUUGCUAUAUUUGAUGCUACGAAUUCUACGCUCGAAAGGAGGAGCUUCAUCUUCCAAGAAAUACAGAGCUACAAUGAUAGACCACAGAACAAGUACCGCAUCAUCCCGGUUGUGCUCCAGGUCACGUGCAGCAAUAAAGCUUUUAUUCGAUUUAAUAUCCAUAACAAGGCUUUCAACCAGGACUAUUUGGACAAGCCGUAUGAGUUUGCGGUGCGAGACUUCGCUAGGCGGCUACGGUAUUACUACAGCCAGUUUGUCCCUUUUACCAAGGAAGAGUUUAAUCACAUUAUUCAAACUAAUAGUCACACUAAAAAUGAUAAGAGUUGCUGUGUGCGAAAUGAUAGAUUAUACACGCGAGAAGAUACCGGCUUAUUUUUCUUCCACAUCAUCAACGCGGGUUUGGAUACGGACUUAUCCUCAAGUAUGACUCAUUACCCAAGAGAGGUAUCUUUGGUCUUAUCAGAGGUGGUUAGUGCAAUUGAAGAGUUUGUUAAUCGUUAUUCACAGAUCUACGGCUUCCAAUACAUCGAAAAUGCAAAUAGCUUUAUGAAGGGAGAGCCGGUGAAGUGUACGAAGGGGGAUGGUGCCAAAGCUAAUUUUACAGGUGCUGCGCUAGCAAAUAACAAUGUUUUAGCAAAGAAAACCACUACGUUAAGCAUCCCCAAUCCCGCUUCGUUAACGUCAUACUUGCCCACUUUGUGUUCUAUUAUAAAUGACCAGUAUUUCCAAUCAUUGACAUCUUUUGAAUAG